AUGAGCUCGCAUCGUGCACGCACGCGUUCCGAUUAUCUUUUCUUCCUCUCCUACCGAACUCGCUGGACCGACAACGACCAAUACUCACACGUCAACAAUUCCGUCUACUACCACCUCUUUGAUUCUGUAGUGAACACUUUUCUCAUCCAACGAUGUGGACUCACCUCCGACUCUGGUCAAAUCGGGCUGGUGGUCUCGUCCCAUUGCCAGUUUUUCUCUCCCCUGUCAUUUCCUCAGGUUCUGGACCUCGGACUUCAAGUAGUGAAGCUCGGUUCAAGUUCCGUGACAUAUGAGGUUGCGGUGUUUGAGGAGGGAAAGGAUGUACCCGCAGCUGUUGGAGGUUAUACCCAUGUCUUUGUGGAACGGGGAUCCAGGAAGAGCAUCCCCAUGAAUGAGCCCCUUCGGGAAGGUCUUUCAAGCCUGUUAUCGGCCAAUGAGAGCUUGGAAUCUAAGCUUUGA